AUGAGUGCUGAAGGUGGACGAUCGGGGGGGACCCAUUCCCGUCUUCGUCAUCGAGCUCUCGGUGCUCAAGGGAAAACCCAUCCAACAAUCACUGCUAAGCAUAAUCAGAUGUACCUCAUCACAUCGAUCAUGCAAAAACCACCAAUGGACGGCGCACUGAUCAAUCAGGCAUUGCCUAAGGAGCUUAUUUUGAGGAUUUUCUCGUAUUUGGAUGUGAUAACGUUGUGUCGUUCUGCUCAAACGUGUCGCUACUGGAAUCUUCUCGCGUUGGACGGUUCUAAUUGGAUGGAAGUCAACUUUUUCGAAUUUCAAAGAGAUAUUAAGGGUACUGUUGUCGAAAAUCUGGCAAAACGGUGCGGCGGUUUCUUGAAGAAUCUUUCACUAAAAGGAUGUGAGAGUGUUCAGGAUAAUGCUCUUCGAUCGUUUACCCGUCAGUGUCCAAACAUUCAAAUGCUAUCACUUGAGAAAUGCAAGAAAGUCACCGAUGUCACCUGUGAGAAUCUCGGGAAAAACUGCCACCGUUUGUUAGAGUUGAACUUGGAAAAUUGUGCCGCGAUCACGGAUCGAGCUCUCAAAUAUAUAUCCGAUGGUUGUAAACGUCUUGAAUACAUCAAUAUCAGCUGGUGUGAUGCGAUCACUGAUCGGGGAAUCGGCUUGUUGCUGCGUGGUUGCCCCCAACUCGCUCAUCUUAUCAUUAAAGGCUGUGAAGGGGUGACGGAAAAUGUUUUCGAUAACUCACUCGAGCAUAUGGGCUCUCUCGUGGAACUCGACUUGUUGCAAUGCUUUGUAACUGAUCAAACAGUGACUUCAUUGUCGAAAGGCGCGGCAAAACUUGAGUAUCUUUGUCUCUCGCAAUGCACUCAAAUCACUGAUCGAUCACUGCAGGCUUUAGCUCAUGGAUGUAAACGACUCACAGUUCUCGAAUUGUCGGGCUGCGCCUUUCUAAGCGAUCCCGGCUUCAUUGCACUGGCGAAAAGUUGUAAAGGCUUAAUGAAGCUGGAUCUCGAAGAUUGCUCGCUGAUCACCGAUCAAUCGUUGCACGCAUUCGCCACUCAUUGCCCGCAAAUCGUUGAAAUGACUUUAUCUCACUGUGAGCAAAUCAGCGACGAAGGAGUGAUUGAGCUAUGUCAGGCACACAAAGAAACACUUGAGGUUUUGGAACUCGAUAACUGCCCACUCGUGACCGAUUCGACCAUUUCGCACAUAAAAAAUUUGCAAAAUUUGAGAAGAAUCGACCUUUAUGAUUGUCAAGGAGUCUCAAAAGAAGCAAUCAAUCGAUUAAAGCAACACCGCGGAGGCCUCGAAGUGCACGCGUAUUUCGCUCCACCCACUCCACCGGCUGCCACCACUCCGCCCAGAAAUAAUAUUUGCCGUUGUUGUGCGAUCUUA